UCACUGCGGGCAGCCUAGACGUCCAUCCCACAGAGAAGGCCCUGGUGGUCCACUAUGAGGUGGAAGCAUCUAUACUGGGAGAAGGUGGAGGUCAGAUGCUGGGGGAACGAAAGGAGGGACAAAAAAUUAUCAGAGUGAAAAGUCUUUCUCCCAGUACAGAUGUGGGAGCUCUGGCCAAGAAAGUGGUGGAGGAGUGUAAACUCAUCCCUUCCUCCCGUCUGCCCCAGGUGGAGCAGCUCCUCUACUACCUGCAGAACAGGAAGUCAUCCCCUGUGGAGGGCAAAACAGUGGAGAAGAAAGAGAAAAGAACAGUGAAACCCAGAGAGCUGACACCGUUUGAAGGAAUGGAGUUAAAUGAGGAGGCCAGUAUCACCAGAGUGGAUGAGUAUAUAGAGCUGCUCUAUGAAGGAAUCCCAGAGAAGAUCAGAGGUUCUGCUCUCCUCCUGCAGCUGGCCCGCAACCCUGAUAACCUGGAGGAGCUGCUGCACAACGAGGCAGCUCUAGGUGCUCUGGCCAGAGUUCUGAGGGAGGACUGGAAACAGAGUGUAGAGCUGGCUACCAUCAUCAUUUACAUCUUCUUCUGCUUCUCCAGUUUCUCCCAGUUUCAUGGAGUUGUGAGUCAUUAUAAAAUCGGAGCGUUGUGUAUGAGCGUGGUGGAACACGAGCUGAAGAGACACGAUGUGUGGCGUGAGGAGCUACGCAAAAAGAACAAAGCCUGUGAGUCAGCUCCAGAGAACGGCUCCCUCAGGAGAGACCAGGACAAAGCUGUGAGGAAAUACCACGGCCUGCUGUCCAAACAGGAGCAGCUGCUCAGAGUGUCUCUUUACCUCCUGUUGAACCUGGCUGAGGACACGAGGACGGAGCUGAAGAUGCGUAACAAAAACAUUGUGGGUCUGCUGGUCAAAGUUCUUGAGCGGGACGAUGAGGAGCUGCUGGUCCUGGUGGUUUCAUUCCUGAAGAAACUCUCCAUCUUCCUGGAGAACAAGAACGAUAUGGCUGAAGUGGAUACUGUAGAGCGGCUGGCUCGUCUGGUUCCUUGUGACCAUGAAGACCUCCUGAACCUGACGCUGCGUCUGCUGCUCAACCUCUCCUUCGACUCUGGACUCAGAGCCAAGAUGGUGGAAGUGGGACUGUUACCUAAAUUGUCUGCCUUACUGGGUGAUGAGAACAAUCGUCAGGUCGCCAUGCGGAUCCUGUACCACAUCAGCAUCGAUGACCGCUUUAAGGGCAUGUUUGUUUACACUGACUGCAUACCUCAGCUGAUGCAGAUGCUGUAUGAGCACAGUGAAGAGGAAGCUGAGCUCAUCUCCAUCUGCGUCAACCUGGCCGCUAACAAGAGGAACGCUCAGCUCAUGUGUGAAGGAAACGGGUUGAAGAUGCUGAUGAAGAGAGCUCUGAAGAUGAAAGACUGCCUUCUAAUGAAAAUGAUCAGAAACAUCUCACAACAUGACGGACCAACCAAGCCAGUGUUCAUAGACUACGUUGGUGACCUGGCAGCAGAGAUCCGUGCUGAGGAAGAGGAGGAGUGGGUUCUGGAGUGUCUGGGAACGCUGGCCAACCUCACCAUCCCUGAUCUGGACUGGGAGCUGGUGCUGAAGGAGUACAACCUGGUACCCUACCUUAAAGACAGACUGAAACCAGGCUCAGCAGAGGACGACCUCAUCCUGGAGGUGGUGAUAAUGAUCGGAACAGUUUCCAUUGAUGACGCGUGUGCCGCCAUGUUGGCCAAAUCUGGCAUCAUUCCUGCUCUCAUCGAGCUGCUGAAUGCCCAACAAGAGGACGAUGAGUUUGUGUGUCAGAUCGUUUACGUCUUCUAUCAGAUGGUGUUUCACCAGGCGACACGAGACGUCAUCAUCAAAGACACUCAAGCUCCAGCCUACCUGAUAGAUCUGAUGCAUGACAAGAAUGCUGAGAUCAGAAAAGUGUGUGACAACACCCUGGAUAUUAUUGCUGAGUAUGAUGAGGAGUGGGGCAGGAAGAUUCAGUCUGAGAAGUUCAGGUUCCAUAACAACCAGUGGCUGGAGAUGGUGGAGAGUCGACAAGCUGAUGAGUCUGAACCGUAUCUCUACGAUAACGACAACGACAGGACCGAUCUGUUCUAUAGCGCAGAUGGAAUAACUCCAGCAGAUGGUUCAGUCAGUCCAGAUUUCUUCAAUGACCUCCAGCCUCAGAAUGGAGACUUGUACCAUACAGGAGACGGGAACGUCUUUGACCAGACCAGCUCGUCUCCUGGAAGACCAGCGACCGCCUACGGCUUCAGACCUGAUGAACAACCCUUCUACCAGUACUCAUAGACACUCAUAGACACUCAUAGACACUCAUAGACACUCAUAGACACUCAUAGACACUCAUAGACUCACACACUCCAUCCCUCCUUCAUCCACUGGUAGAUAGAAGUUUCACUGCUAGAACCCAUCAUGACUGAAGUAUAGUUAGAAAGACAUUAAUCAUAAACACUGAUGAAGAUUGACUCAGAACCACUACAGACUUGAAACUAUUUAUUAAAUAAACUGUAGUUCCAUGCUGUCACAUUUCAUUACCAAGUUCAUUCAUUCACCAUUAGGACUGUUCUGAAUACUAAGUUUCAUUCAUAACAUUGACAUAUGAAUGCUAAAUCAACAUUGGAAUCAUGCGCAGCUUUUUUCUAAGGUCCAUUUAUUCAAUUUAAGCUCUGUAUUUCUGCACAGCUGCAGAUAAUAUAGCUUCAAAUGUUACAUUUCAUACAGUCAUAUUCACCAUUAU